CAGAAAGAGAAUAAUCUGAACAAAGUUAAGUACUACCAAAUGAAGGUAUUUUAUGCAAAACACUUAGGCUGUACGAAAUAAAUAAAAAAUUAGACGAACUCGCUAUGAUAAAUGAGCUCCAACUGUUUAAAGGAUCUAAGAACAUAGUUAAUUACAACAACACACAAAAGAUGCAAAAGAACAAAACGGUGUUUAAUAUCAUCAAAAGACACAAAUAAAGAAGUUGCUCAGAGAUCUUAUGACAAAAUUAAAAGAACAAUGAAAAUUGUAGGUAUAGAAGUAGAACUUGAUGAGCAUAACAGAGUUAUUCUAAGCAAAUCUAAGAGCCAAAGAUGAAUAAAAUCGAAGAAGUCACACAAGCUUCAUUCCAUACUUGACCUCAUUUCAGAUAAACAUAAAGGUAAAUAAUUUCUGUAAUUUUAGAAAAUAAAGAUGGCAUUAUUGAUGAUCUCAAAUUGUUUGUAUUCAAUAAAACAGUAUGGAAUUCAUCAGAGAAGUUAGAAAGAAUGAAAAUUGAAACAAAAUAGAUCUACUAAGAUGGAGAAAAUACAAUCUCUCCCUCUUGGAAAGUUUCGAAACCCAAACAUUCAUCACAAAAGCCAAAACGAAUAUAUCUCAAACUAUCGUAAAACACGUGACACUGUCAAAGAAAGGAUGCUUCUAUGUAAAGAGAUCAAUAAAAUAGUAAAACGCAAAUAAAAACCCCGCUCGAAACAUCAAUGUUCUAACCCACGGCCUGCUUCCCCCACCUAGUCACCUAAAGUACACCCAAACCACCACUCCUUCAGCUUCAAAAUCCAAGUAUCUCCAAAAGGUCCACUUUAAGCAACCAACUCACAACACAAUAAAGACCACGAAAUUGAGAAGUUGGUUAAAAUCAAUUAAAAUAUUGAGAGCUUCGCACAAAGAAACCUUUAUCCGAGUUAAGUCCUUAUCAAUCAACAUUUAAAAGA